ACAGUUGGAUAUACGCCGAGGUCUCUGGAAGAACAUUUUCGAAACGAGCUUAAGGCGUGGCGCGAUAGUAAAUUUAUAUUGUUUUUCUAAAUCUGCAUGUCUUUUAGGAUUAUAAUGCAAGGCGAGCAACGAUUUAAUGAAGGACAUGAGCGAAAAUUAAGCAAAGCCAAUCAAAUGUGCAUCAAACAAUAACCCAGACUAACUGGCUAGACCUUCCGUUCCUUGAAGAAAUCUCAAUGGCCAUCAAGCUUAGCUUCGAUCCAUGUAGUACUUCCUUAAAGCACCUGUCGCUAUUCCUACUUAAGAUAUACUGCUUGGCACUCGUACUCCAAGGUGCCAGUGCCGAUUGGCUAAUGGACUGUGGAAACUGUCACUGCAAAUGGAACUCUGGCAAGAAGACGGCCGACUGUCGCAAUUUGAGCCUAAGUGGAGUGCCGGAGUACCUCAGUCCGGAGGUUCAAGUGCUGGACUUGUCACACAAUCAUAUAUUCUACCUGGAGGAGAACGCAUUCCUGACCACCCACUUGCAAAAUCUCCAAAAGUUACUCAUCCGAAAUGGCACCCUGAAACACCUGAACCAGCGGAGCUUCACCCAACUGCAGAUCCUAAUAGAGCUCGACUUGUCAAAUAAUCUACUUAUGGACCUGCUACCCAAUGUGUUUGACUGUCUUUCGAAAGUGCGGGCGAUAUUGCUGAAUGGCAACCUGUUCCAAGCACUUCGCCAUGGAGUCUUUCGUAAUCUCAAGUAUCUGCACAAGAUCGAACUUAAGCGCAAUCGCUUGGUUAGCAUCGAUGCCAAGGCGUUUGUGGGAGUACCACUUCUCUCGCAGAUCUAUCUGGACAACAAUGAGCUGACCAAACUAAGAGUCGAGAGUUUCCAGGACUUGACUAAGCUCACAGCCUUAUCGCUGGUCGAGAAUCCUUGGAACUGCACCUGCGAUCUUCAGAUGUUCCGUGACUUUGUCAUAGGCAUGAACCUGUACACCCCGCCCACAUCCUGCCAUUAUCCUUUGCAGUUACGUGGUCGUCUGUGGAUCGAGGAUCAGCCGGAGGCGUUUGCCUGCAAGCCAAAGAUAGUGUAUCCAACACUCAGUACUUCCAUCAACACUUCCAAGGAGAACGUAACGCUUAUAUGUCGCGUCCACGGAUCUCCCAAUACGGUUAUUGCCUGGGAUUACACCAAUCAAGUAUACGAAAGCCGCUCCAAGCCGGUGAAAAGUCUGCAAAAGCAACGUGUUUACAUAGAACUAUUGCGGGAGGAUGAAUCAAAGGUUCGGAAAUUCGGACAUGAUGUUUUUGUGUCACGUCUUACGAUUGUUAAUGCCCGGAAGAGCGAUGAGGGCGUCUAUACCUGUCUGGCGGAGAAUCCCGGUGGCAAGGAUUCGGUGCACAUAAGUGUGGUGGUGCAAAAGGAUAUGCAAAGGAUUUCCCUCAUGGACAGCAACUUCUUUGCAAUAGUCUGCCUUAUAGCCAUGGGUUUUCUCAGCAUGUCGAUCCUAUUUUCGUUGGUAACAUGCCUGAUUUUCAAGAGAUUCAAGCAGUUUCAUCCCGGCCAGCACACUUAUUUGCAACCCACUAGUUUUCCCGUUCAGUCACCUGGUAGUGAAGAUGCUACCGCAAUCAGCGCCCUAAGUUCUGGAGUUAUAAGGGAAAGCAAGAUAGUGCUGGAUCCAUUAAGUGCGACCAGUGAACCAGCAAAUAAAAAUUACACUUUAUUUAAAACAUCCAAUUCGAAUGGCAGUGAAAUGUAUCCAAGCGAGUAUAUGCCCACGAGAAAUUAUGAAGACGUGAGAUUAAACAAUAAAAAUUAUAUAAAAGAUCCAGACAAUCAGGCGGAAUCCACUUCAUCGCGAAAUCGGGAGCUCCAGGAAAAAGAUGAGCUCAAACAGAAAGAUGAGCUCGAUAGGGACUCCCGGCAGAGUUCCUCGCAAUCAACAGGCUGCUCAAAAAAGAAGGGACAAAUCGAUGAACUCCAACCGGACCUUUUGCCUUCCACUGAACCCACUGCCUUAAAAAAUAUUGAUGAACCUUUCGAUCCACCAGCGAAAAAAGAAGAAGUUAAUCCCCGAAGCAAGUACAAUACCAAUGUGCAAAAGUACCUAAAGGAGAAGUACGGCAGUGUUAGAAUAAAGAAUAUCAGUACUAAUAUUAGUACUAAAGACCCCAUUAGUGGUGCUGAUAUCUCAAAAUAAUAUAAUACAAUAUAAUAUAAUAUAAUAUGGCAUUUCCCACCAUAUCCGCCUGCGAAACCACCGUAAUCCCCAUGCCAUUGAAAUUUUAGUCUGUCCCAGGAUUUCGAUUCUUAUCCAGCCCUACCUCUCUAAGACCUCCAGGGGAUAGAUGGAAAACGAAGAUCCACUCAAGAAGAAAUGUACCUCGCCUUAUUUCUGGUAGUAAAUUAUGUAUUUUAAAACGUUACUAAUAUAAGAACAUUUAUUUACACAGUUCUAAGUGUUUUAACCCACGCACUUUAAGUGAAAGGAAUGUAAUAAUAAAGUUUUAAGGGAUGCCUUUACCUUUACCUGA